AUGGCCGCGAUCAAGGAGCAGGUGGUCGGGCCGCCCUCCAGGCCGGGCGAGGCGGCCGCGGCUGCGGCCGCGGCUGCUCCGGCGGGCGAGGGCGAGGUGUUCGGCGAGGGCGGGAUGGGCGGCUACGCCGCCAGCGAUGGCGGCGCCGCAGGCGCGGCUCGCGGGAAGGGCAUGGGGCGGCGCAGCGACGAGGAGGACGUGUUUGCGGACGCCGCCAGCGAGCUGACGACGAGCCGCCCGGGGUCCGUGGAGGGCGGCGUCACGCCCAACGAGGCGAUGAUGGCCACCGCCAAGGAGUCGGGGGAGGUGCUGCGCCAGCACCCCUUCCCGGCUGACAGGCCGCCGGUGCCGGCGUCAGGGGCAGUGCGGGCGAUGUGA